UUUCAUUAGCUGAUAGUUUAAUUCCUAAAAUGGGUAAAACUCAUUACCUGUGAUACCAAGGGGGCUUGAAAACUUUGUGCUGUUAUAUAAAAUCUUUCGCAAUAUUUUUUCCAAGCGUUUCUUAUCAUCCAAUCAGUAUCUAACUUCAGCACGGUUGCCUAGCAUUGGAAGCAAGCGGGAAGUAUGGCGGCAGCAUCGGUUGCGGAGGUUUCUGCAAGGAACAGUGAGGGGGUCAAGCCAUCCACGGGCGCUAGUCAAGGUUCCUCAAUUAAUUGGUCAGGCCAGGGUUUACAAAAAUUAGGACCAACUUUAUCCUGUAAUGCAGACAUACAUACUUUGAUUUUGGAUAAAAAUCAAUUAAUUAAAUUGGAACACCUGGAGAACUACAAGAACUUGAUGCAGUUGUCAGUAGCCAACAAUCGGCUAGUGCGGAUGAUGGGUGUGGCAAAGCUGACUCAUCUUCGAGUGUUAAACUUGCCACACAACAGUAUUGGUUAUGUAGAGGGAUUGAAAGAGCUAAAGUACUUGGAGUGGCUGAAUCUGGCAGGAAAUAACUUAAAGACCAUAGACCAGAUCAGUUGCUGCAUGUCUCUUCAACAUCUUGAUUUGUCAGAUAACAAUAUACCCCAAAUAGGAGAUAUCUCCAGACUUUCAUCUCUAAAGACUCUGCUGCUGCAUGGAAAUAUCAUAACUUCAUUGCGUACAGCACCUUCUUGUUUACCUCAAGGCCUGACUAUUCUUUCAUUGGCAGAAAAUGAAAUUAGAGAUUUGAAUGAGAUUUCUUUCCUGACUUCCUUUCCUAAACUAGAGCAGCUAUCAAUUAUGAACAAUCCUUGUGUGAUGGCAACACCUUCCAUUCCAGGUUUUGAUUAUCGACCAUUUAUUGUCAGUUGGUGUCUCAGCCUUAAAGUAAUUGAUGGCUAUGUGGUUUCUCAGAAAGAAAGCUUGAAAGCAGAAUGGCUUUACAGUCAAGGAAAGGGAAGAUCAUUCCGACCAGGCCAGCACAUUCAGUUAGUACAAUAUCUGGCCAGUGUUUGUCCUCUUACUACUAUGUUUGGACUCCAAACAGCAGAGGAUGCCAAACUGGAAAAAAUAUUACAUAAGCAAAGGUUGCAUCAGAGACAAUUGAUGUAUCAGAGCCAUGCUGAUGAGUCACCUGUAUCUUCAACUCUGAAUAAAGGGCUACCUAUCACUAGUGAGCCAAACAGUCCUGCCCAUGGACAACAAAAAAUGGUUGAAAGUGGAUGUAUUAUUAAAAAAAAUACCUGGGUUGUGACAAAAUCCAAGGAUGACCAUUCUUAUGCAGUUAAAAAUGUUUCACCAAUCUCAGUACAAGCUGAAAGAAAUACUCUUAUGGAUUUUAUUCUGGAUGAUAUACAAACUGAUGAGGACAAACUGAACAGUAGUCUCCUCUCCUCAGAAUCUACUUUUAUGCCUGUUGCUUCAGGGCUGUCUCCAAUGUCUCCUACUGCAACAGAACUGAAACUUCAUGGAAUUGGCAUUGAUGUAGAGGAUAUAGAAGAUGUGGGGGAUGCUGAUUUGGAAUUUACAAAAGAGCUUAACAUACAAAAUAAAGAAAAGCAUAAAAAUGCUUCUGUGGUUAUGGGGAAGUAUGCCCUCAAGUCAGCAGAGCUGGUAGAAACUCAAAAUGAAGAUCAAGACGAAGAUAUUUUCCCCAUUGCUUCUUCUUCAGUAGCCACUGAUAUUCAACCUGGUGACAUUAGCAGUUACCAAGCAUCCCCUGAAGACAAUGUAAAGUUCAGUAACCUCAAGCAAUCUCAUUCACUUGAAGAGAAUGUUAUCAAAAGUGUUUCUGUUGCCAGUUCUCUAGAACUACCUACUGAUGCAUCAGUUACUAUAACCCAAAAGAAAGAUAAGCUUUUAGAAAUGAAUAGAGCUGCCACCAAGCUUCAGGCUUGUUGGAGAGGAUUUUACACAAGAACCUUCCAUCCCAAAGUCAGAGAAGCACGCUAUGAAAUCCGACUCAGCAGAAUGCAGGAACAUAUAAUUCAUUUAACUGAAGAAGUUCAAAAGUUAAGAAAAGAAAAAAAUGAAGAGAAGCUUCAAAGAAUUGUGCAAGAGGAAGCUGUCAAAUUCCUUUGGGAUCAGGUUAAAUCUAUCCAGGAAUGGCAGCUUUCAGUAAACCAACAUCUAAGUAAUAUCUGGCAAAAUGAUACUCCUGCAUCUAGCUUUCUGGGUCCACAUGAAUUAUUAAUACAGUCAUCUAGAAUAAAUCAAGAACCUUCUCCUAUUGAUAGUUCAACCUGGUUAGGUUCAUCUGCUGAAACCUGUCAUCAGAAAUGUUUACCAGAAUUUCCUGAUUCAGGCUUCCAUUCCUGUGUGUCUGACCAAAAUAUCCUUAAUGAGUUGCAGAACUCUGAAAAACAUUUGACAGAAACAAAUGAAGGCUUUUUAGGGAAUUCUCUGGAAACAGUCAAACCCUGUGAAGAUUCUCUUUCAGGAUGCCCUUCUGAUGCUGAGGAGAUCCCAGUUGACCACAAGGAAUAUUGUAAAGAGAGCUUGAACAAUAAUCAGAACAGUACUCUUCUCCAACAGUAUUUAAAAACAGUUGAAGAACUAGAUGAUUCUGAUGAAAAGACAAAUUGCAGCAACGGAACAGAAAAUUGUAAGACCCAUGGAGCUGUUUCAUCAGAAGACCAGGAUGUCUUAUGCAAUGCUGUACCAGUCUCUCAAGAUGCAUUUGCAUUAGCAGAAGAAGGAAUUGACACAUUCAAUCUGAAUGACAAAAUGGCAGAAAAAAAAGAGACAGACUGUGAUUCUUCAUUGUAGACACUUUAUGCUAGGCUAUCUGUAUAGCAAGCAUAGACGUACAGAAACAAUUUAAAAGCCAAAUUAACAUUUUUUGUUAUUAGGCAAAUUUCUAUACAUUUUUGGAGACUUGGGUCCCUUUACUUUUAAAACAUGGGUCAUAAAGAGGUUUGCUAAUCCUCUAACUUUAGACUGAUACUCUAUUAAACUAUAUCAAGUUAGGUUCAAAUAGACAUGGUAACUUACAUUUUAUGUGAUUUGGUUAUAACAGAUUUUUAUGAAAUACAAUUUUGAAGACUCUAAGUACUUUCCACAUUGCUGUUAUUGUAGCCAAACUAAAUAAAGCAUGCAUUCUUACUGUAAUAUUCACAGGGAGAAAUAUAAAUAUUUAAUUUGAGGAAUAAGGGCAGUAUGCAGAACUUUAGAUAUGAAGGCACAAGCAUGGCACCUGUCUGCAACUCCUUAAAGCAGACUUCAGGUUAAAGAAUUGUAGGCAAAUGCUAUCUUUGCACCCCUGCAUAGUUUGAAGCAUCUUUUUGCCUUCAAAUCUGAAGUGCUAUUAGCCCCACUGGCCACACAACAUAUACACAGUUAAUAUAAAAUUGAUUAAUUAACAGUAUGAAAAUGUAUGCUGACACUCAGGUACUAAGUUGUAGCUUGGAAAUUUCAUUUGCUACUCUUGCUCCAUGUAUAGAUCAUUUUGUUUCUUAACAGUGCAAGACAGUUUAUUCACCAAUACACAAUAUGUUUUUUCUACAAACAUGACUAUUGAGUUCCUUACAGCCUAGCCCAGCCUGUUAUCAUAGAGGACUAUUUUUAUGAUGUCAUUUUUCUCUGUUUCAUUUGCCAAAACAAAUGGGCAAACAAGUGGGAAAAUUUUAAAAAACAUGAUGCAGCAAAACCUGUCUUUCAGAAUCUGAAGAGGAGGGAGAGGAGUCAACCUCUCACACUGCAUUCUCAUAACAAUAGAAACAAUUUGCCCAUUUUACCAAGGCCAGAAUGUGUCUUAAGACAGUAUAUGCUCAAUUUUAUAAUUAAGUAACAACGAAAUGAAGUUUUUUUUUUUUUAAAGUGGAUCAGCAUUACAUGGCUAUGGCUGCUAAAACUGUACAGAGUAAUUGUCUAAUGCCAUAUCUGCUUGGUAGAUUACUAAGACAUAGAAGCCAGUGGUUGUGUUUUCUAGCUACUCAAGGGAGGAUUGGCUGCUGCUUAUCACCAUAUUUUAGUAUAGUUACUGAUAUUCAUUCUGGCACUCAUGGAGAAUGCCUGUGUUCUAUUGCUUCACUGUGUAAUGAUGAAGAAAGCAAAAAUUAUUCUUUGCAGACACCAUGUUUCUGCCAGUAAAUGCUUUGAAUGUAUGUUUUCAUUAUUAAUAAUAAUAAUAAUUACUGUCACUAAUAAAUAUUUUUCUAUUCAUAAAUUCUGGAAUAUUGAGAAGUUGUGACUUUGUCCCCAGUAUGUUUAAGUAUAAAAUCAAGUAUAUACUGUUCUUAGCUUAAUGAGUCAAUUGCAAAUAUUGCCUUGAGAAAUUAUUUUGCCAAAUACAGAGAUAGGUUUAUCGUGUCAAAUUUAACUUCAGCUUGAUACUCUGUUUUGGAAUUGAAGAGUUUAUACUGUCAACCUUAAAUUAGGAAACAAAGAGUAGAAUAAAUUGUUUUAACUGAAGUAUUGCUUAAGGGAUCUUAAACUUUACCACAGCUGCCUUCCCUCAGGAUGACCCAUUUCAUUAAAAUAUUUUGGUCAUUCACAUAUCAUUUUCUCUAUCUUUAUUGUAAAGUGUCAUAGAAUGCAUAUAUGUAUACAGUAUAUACAUGUUCAAUAUAUACAUGUAUAUAUUGUUCAUAGUCCAUAUAAAAUUAAUCUCUGUAUGCAAAAGUAGCAUAAGUCCAAUAUACUGCUUAAGCUUGUUAUAGAGACAAGUGGUUAAAAGCUUAUUCUUUUUUGGAGGGAGAAAUCUAAAAAUACCAGGAACAUUGCAGACUUAUUCUUUAGAAAAUAUUAUUUCAAAGGAGAAGUUAAACAUGCACUUAAACAGAUGGAAUUUAAAAGAUCUUUAUUUCACCUGUUGUUUCUCUUGAACUUUAUAUCUGUGUCUUUGUAAGGCUUAAUGUUUGCAUCUCUUAGUUAUAAACAGUAUGUUCAUGUACAUUUGCAUUGUAGCUGGCUAAAUAAUAUUGUCUGUUCUAUAGAAACUAAGUAGGACUCCAUACUUGGAGUUUUGGAGAGGUGCAAAUAAUUAUUUUGGUCCAAUCAAGCACAAUUGUUCAUUGUGUAUUGGAAUAAAUACAGGAUAAACGUUUUUUUUUUCUUCCUGUUGUGAAUAAAAAAUUGUGAAGUUAAAAGGAAUGCAUUGUGAUUGUGAGGAAAUUACUAUUUCUGUGUUUUGAUGUAGGUAUUGAUACAUGGAUAUAUAUAUUGCUGCAAUAUACUUGAAAAAGAUAUUGAAAAAGCGACAUCUUUUGCAAGUCUUAAGAGUUCAUGAGACCAAUUUUCAAAUGGUCUCAUGAACUCUUUAAGUGUAUAUAUACUAUGUCAAUGUGUAAAAUCAAAAAUACAUUAACACUCAUAACAUUGGAAUAUGUACAAGUGGGUAAGCUUUCUCAGCUUUUACAUAUUGCAUAGUUUAUUGCACAAGUACAUUCCUUGCAUAGGAUAUAAACAUGUUUUAUGACAUUUUGAAUAUUUCCUAUGGUUAUGAGUGGUAUUUUUGUUUGUUAGCAGAAAAGGUUACAGCAUUAUAGUGAGGAAAAGUACACUUGCUUUUAUCUUGGGAAGGAAUAUAUGAGAAUAUUCAAAUUAACAAAACAAUGCAAUUGUUAAUUGAUUCAAAUUGUCAUUGGAUUCUUACUGAAUAUAUAAGAGAGACAAAGUUGAUACAUUACUUUAAAAAACUCAAAUUUAUAUAGUCAAACUCAUCCUGAGAUAAAUGCAUUAAUAUUCACUGCUUCAGUUUAUAUGCUGAGUCAUAGUAUGGUUUGUUUAGUUUCGGAUUUGCGUGUUUGGGCAUUCAUCCAUUGUUGUUUGUACACAAUUUAGGGCUUAGCAUGAUAAGUGAACAAAACAAAUUAAGACUUUUUUGAGAAAACUUAGUUAAAUCAUGACUAGCAUGGUCCAUGAACCCUUUUGUAGGGGAACAAGAUGUAUAUUGUUGCAAUAAGCAAUGGGAAGGGAAUAUGUAGAGAAGAUGAACACAUAUUUUUCCUGCUCUCCUGUUUUUGAUAUAUCCCCUAUAUGUCCAAAGACCCAACUCUGCUUUCUGGCUCACAAUAAAGGGGGGAAAUGGAAUUGUGAUGCACAAGUAUCUUUUUUCCAACUUGCAAAGAGAUCAAGAAAAUUAUAUUGUUCUAUAGCAGUAGUAUAACCCAUGGUACAUAAUGUGUUCUGAGGCAGAUGCUUUUUCCUCCUAUAUCCUCUGUUUAGCACAACUUUUAAGUGGAAUCCAAUGCUGGUCUUCCUCUGCUGAUGCAAGAGACGUCAGUUCUCUCUUUCUCUGUCUUUCACCUAUCCCAAAUGUGUUGCAGAAGAUUUGAGGAGAGUUUAGAACAGAUUUUUAGGAAGGGUAUAAGUGCACUCUAUUUUUUUAAAAAAAUUAAUUGUGCAUUAAAUUGUGUUUUUUUAUUUCAUUUUCCUCUAAGCAAAACUCUACUUGUGAUUAAUGUUAUAUGAAUCUGGUAUUUAUUCCUUGUGUGUGUGUUUGCAGUCUACAUAAAUAUAUAUCUCUACAAACAGAUUUAAUAUUUUGGCUGUAAUCUUUAACAUGCCAAUUUUUUAUUGAGAUCAAUGAAUUCUACUUUUACGUAAGCACAAUUUUAUUAUCUUGAAUGUAAGUAUAGUUAAAUCUGAAAAUAAAAGCAUGGCCUUAUUAAUCAUAGCAGAUGAAAAAAUCAGUAUUGAUAAAAUGAUCACUGUUUAUAAACAAUGAUAUCUUCAAACAGAUACGAUAUCUUCAAAGCCACGUAAUUUGUUACUGAAUUUAAAAGCUUCCAAGUCAUUGCCAAAAAGAGAAGAGGGGGAGCACUACGGAAAACACUCUUAAAAAGAUUUUGUUUAAAAAAAUGUCCAUGAAACGCUCUCUAGAAUGCAAAUAGGCAACAUGAUUACAUGCUUGAUCAUGGCAAUUUGCUCAGCCAGGAACUGUGAUUUACAGAAAGCUUGAUCUGAGUGUAAUAUAUAUUUUAUAAUGUGGGUUA